AGUGUUCUGAAACGGCGUUCAUCAUUUUCCAUCGCUGUGAUGAGCCAUAUGUGAUCUUCCUUAUAUAGAGUGAUGUUCCUCUUUAUUAGUCAGUCGCGCUUUGAUGGUGCUGAUGGACUGUACAGUGACGAGUUCUUGAUGGUGUUCGUGAACUGACUGCAGUGAUUUUGUUUACGGACGCUUCGCAAAUCCCACUGACCAUUUUGAAAUCAAUUUGAAAUAUUAUUAGGUGGUGUGUAGUUACUUUGAUAAUUUUGACUGUCAGAAUGACAAUUUGAUAUAUUUCACAAACAGUGUAUUAUCACAAGGAAAAACCAAGUGAGAAAGAACGGUGAAAUAAUAUUUCAGGUUCAGUUUUGUAAUGAUCUUGGUGUAUAACUGAAAGCAAAGAGAAAAAUAAACAUUAUAACAGAAAAACAAAAGUGAAUCAACUUCUCUUUUCGUAAGCAAGGAAAAACAGGAACUGAGGAACCGAUAUUCGUUUAGACCAUCAGCUGUACUUAUAAGACGCAUCCGAAUUGACUGAUGGCACAACUAGAAUCUGGCGUUACACCAAUGAACCAAGGUACGAAAAGGCAACAACAUUAAAAUUUACAUUCGAGAGGCCCGGAAGGGGCAUUUCUGUGUAACGCCCCAUCCCAACAGAACUCAUCAACGCUGUUCAAACUCCGCUGGGUGACUGACUGAGACACUGUCUUACAACGGCGCCCUGUAAAAUCCAGCCACUUCCAAAAUGUCAGCGAGACCUGGGAACAUCUCAAGUGGGGUGAAGGUAAUGGCGGUGAUCAUGAUAACUAUCACCACUCUCCUCGGGGAGGCGAGAACUGCCGAAGGUACGACUUGUCUUCCAGCUAGCGACAUCCACCCAUGCACUUGCAAGGAGAAGUCUAGAGGUCCAAGCGUCAUUUGCGAGAACGUCAACGAGACCGAGAUCAUGCAGAGCCUGAAGGUGCUGAAGAAGAGGUCGAACAUCAUCUACAGACUCAUGUUUAGGAGCUGCGACUUGCAGCGGGUACGAGAUUACCUAUUCUUGGGCCUCAACGUCGAACACCUGACCAUGAGCAGGAGCAACAUCAGCGUGGUGGAAGAGUCGUCUCUCAGGACGCUCGCUGGCACGCUGCAGACACUCGACCUCUCCUACAACAACCUGCACACGGUCCCAACGGCGGCCCUGGAACACCUUCAGAGUCUGUCCUUCCUCAACCUCAACUACAACAUGAUCAAAAUCCUCGGUCAGUCUGCCUUCUCCGGUCUUCGAGGUCUGGAGAGAGUGUCGCUGUACGAUAAUCAGAUGCAACAUAUUGAAGAGAACGCCUUCUCUGGGACGGGCGACAAACUGAUCCGCCUGAACCUUGGCAAGAAUCAUCUGGAGGAUGUACCCAAUUUGCAAGCUCUUUCGAAGCUCCAAGUGUUGACUCUCAGCGAAAACAGAAUAUCGAGAAUAAGGGUCGGGGAUUUUACAGGUCUGAACAAACUGGACAUGCUGAUGCUGGAGAACAACAAGAUCCGAUCGCUGGAGGGAAACUCUUUCAGCGAGCUCACUGCACUCAACUCUCUCAACAUCAAGCACAACGACAUCGCCAACAUCAGCGAACACGCCUUCGCAGGUUUAGAAGAUCACCUAGAGUGGCUGGAACUGGGACACAACCGUCUGACUGGCAUCCCUUCUCACGCCCUUCGAACCCUGCAGAAUCUGCGUCAGUUGGAUCUCGAUUCCAACAGAAUCGUCCACGUUCCUGAGGAUGCAUUUGAAGGAUACGGAGGAAGCAUAAAGUUCAUGAUGUUGAGUAGAAACAACAUCAAAGACAUUCCACCGAUGACCUUCUUCGACCUUCAUUCCUUGGAAUGGCUGAAGCUAUCGCAUAAUGACCUGAUCACGCUGUCGGAGGAAACGGUGCUCCCCAUCCUCGAUACUCUGACCAUGAUCGACGUUUCCAACAACCCGCUGGUGUGCAACUGCGAGUUGAUGUGGCUCAGGUCUUGGCUGAGGGACUUCAAGGACCGGGAGACCUACAAGUCCUUCGCUCAGCACAACUGCGUUCGCUCCAACGGCCAGACUGAGGACGUCAUGGAGCUCAGCGUGAAAGAGCUCGGCUGUCCGGAGUACAUCUCUCACACGAAGGAUGACAGCACCUGCCUCGCCACUACACCAAAGCUGACGGCUUUCAUGAUCGUGAUAGCGACGAAGUUGAUAUAAACUCUAGACCUAUCGAUUUCCUGCAACAAGCGGGACUGAGAAAUGUAUGCAAGAAAGAUUGGCAAAACAUGAAUAAAUCAGGUGGAAUUUUCAGUGAAUAUGAAAGGUUUGAUGAACAUUAAUAUUGAUGGUGGAGCAAUUCACAGUAGCGAGGUGUAAAUAGGAUCUUUCUUAGAUAGCGACCCCACCCCACCCCCACAAGGGUGUUCACCCGGUAUUUAUCCACCUUAGCGGCUUGUUCAGUACAAGCCCGUUGGGGGUGACGGUUAAGACAUGAACAGAACGCUGAAUAUCAUAAAUGACCCCCAAGAAAUAUUAGUCCUGGAUAACAACCCCCGAACUUUGCUGUGGGUCACUAUGUAGGAAAGCUCCAAUUUAUAUAUAUAUAUAUAUAUAUAUAUAUAU